ACACACACACACACACACGCACACACUGGCACAACAACCACAACACAUCGAGCAGAAAGAGCAGAGCCGGUGUUUUGUGCGAUUCAAAAUUGAUAGGAAGUGAUCAUGUCCGAUGAAAUUGAAGCAACCGAUCCCGAUAGUAUUGAAGAGCUUGAGAAAAAGUUCAGGCAAGAGAGAAAAGCGCUUCAAGCCAAAAUACAAUCACUCAAAAAAUCGGUGACCAAGGGUGACAAGAAAAAGAAGAAAGAAGUUCAAGAGGAGAUAGCACAGUUAGAGGCUGAUUUAGACAAGCGGCAGAAAGAGGAAGAGGAAAAUUUCAAUCUAAAUUCUCCAACGAAAUCACUUGAUAAUGUUGAAUCAGUUGCAAAUGAUGAGAAGUCGCUAGAAGAAACCCAGGAUAAUGUUGCAGCCCCUGUUGCGCGAGUGUCUAAAGCUGAAAAAAGGAGGCAAAAGAAAGCAACAGCUGGGAGAGAACGAAACGCGCGCAUUCAGGAGCAGGAAAGCGAAAAUUUGUUAGGUCCUAGACACAAGGAAAUGGUUGCUAUUGUUGAAAGGCUUCGUGAACGAGGCCUGGCAAUUCACGGAAUUAUUGCAGAUGGAAAUUGCUUGUACAGUGCAGUAGAACACCAACUGAAAGAAGCUGCAGCACCAGUAGUUGAUUCUGACUACAAAGCUUUAAGGAAGCUGACUGCUAACCAUCUACGACUCAACAGAGACGAUUUCCUUCCAUUUUUGUGUAACCAGGAUACUGGUGAUCCCAUGUCGGAAACUGAAUUUGAAGCCUACUGUAAGAAGGUUGAAAAGACAACUGCUUGGGGUGGUCAGAUUGAGCUGAGAGCUCUUUCUGAUGCCUUGAAGUACCCAAUUGAAGUGGUUCAAGCAGAAGGCCCUCCCAUGACCAUUGGUGAGCAAUAUCUGGCCUCAAAGAAACCAUUAAUUGUAACCUUCCAUCGGUAUUUGUACAGACUAGGUGAACACUACAACUCUGUAGCUCCCUAUGUUGAAGAUGAACAAGAAAGUUAAUUUGUUUCUACCGUCAAGCAACUACAAUGUGUGAAUUUAUCAAAAAAAUUUAACUUAAUAAAUUUGAAGAAACCCUGUGCCAAGUUCGUAGGAAUGUCAAAAGAAUAAUUAUCAUACAUCAGUUAGUCAAAGAAAAUGGCCUUUAUUUUCAAUAAAUUUUUACAAAAAUAGUGUUACAUAUGGAACAAUUGUCAAGGAUUAAAUCCACAUAGUAGGAACUAUGGGCUGAUAAAGUUGAAACAAAUUAGUAUUUGUUUGAAUUUUCUACUAAACUAGUGAGGAAUGAUAAAAUUGAAGUGGUCAUUGGCUCCUUAGCGUCAAAUGCUCAGCAUCUCUCUCAUCCCAGAAUCUUAAGCUAAAGUCAUCUGUAAGCUAAAGGGACAACAAGCAAUUCUGAAACAGAUCUCUUAAAAGUAAUUACUAUUUGAGAUUCAACUUCUCUUGAAAG